UUCAUCCUGCCCUUUUAAUACUUUUGUAUCUGUAGAUCUUCAUAUUUCUCUAAGUUCUUCCACCCAAAUUGUCUUUUAAGCCCACCUUGGCCAUUCUCACAGACUAGGCCUUUGAUUUUUUCUCCCCCCUCCUUCUGCUCAACAACAUGAGCGUGGAUCUAGCUUCUCCCCAAAGCCUGCCUUGCCCUGAAACAGACAAUUCUCGUGAGUCUUCACCAAUGCCGGAGAUUUAUGAGGCUGAAAAAAACUAUGCAUCCUUGCAAAUGUCGUCUGCUGAGGUGCACCAGCCAGAGACAGUCUCUCCUCUUCCUUCCUCUGUGGAUCUGCUUAUUCAGGAUAGCCCCGACUCUUCCACCAGUCCCAAAGUAAAACUACCCAUGUCUGGAGGGAAGAGCGCAGGGAGGAAGGAAGAUGAGGGCCAGGUGAAGAAACAGAAGAUCAGAACCGUGUUCUCUCAGACCCAGCUGUGUAUACUCAAUGAUAGAUUUCAAAAACAGAAAUACCUCAGUCUCCAGCAGAUGCAAGAACUUUCCAACAUUCUGAACCUCAGCUACAAACAGGUUAAGACCUGGUUCCAGAACCAGAGAAUGAAAUGUAAGAAGUGGCAGAAAAACACCAACUGGUCAAAGAAUGGCAACAGUGUGAUCCAGAAGGGCUCAGCACCUACAGAAUUCCCAGGACUCUACUCUUCCUAUCCCCAAGGUUGCUUGGCGAACACUUCCGGUAACUUCCCCAUGUGGAGCAAUCAGACCUGGAACAGUCCAAUUUGGAGCAGCCAUUCCUGGAGCAGCCAGCACUGGUACACCCAAGCCUGGAAUAAUAACCCAGUCUGGAACAAUCAGUUCCAGAACAGUGGAGAGGAAUCCCUGCAGCUCCAGGUCCAAUUCCAGCAAAAUUCUCCUGCCAGUGAUUUGGAGGCCACCUUGGGAAGUGCUGGGGAAAACCAUAAUGUAAUAGAGCAAGCUGCUAAAUAUUUUAGUACCCUACACACCAUGGAUUUAUUCCCAAAUUACUUCAUGAAUACCCAGCCUGAAGAUGUAUGAAGAUAAGGGUGAAGAUGGGUAUAGACUACAAGCUCAAUCUGGGCAGAGGCUGCAUUACUUCUUUCCUUGCAGAAUUAUUUUGAAAGCUGUGUGUCUGACUUUAUUCAUUGGGUAACUGGGGUGGGUAUAGGUAUGUUAUGAGUCUAAUCAGAGAUUUCAAAGAUUUAAAAAAUUCAGUAGUAAUGGGCCAGAUGACCUUGGCUGUUUUGGACAACAUACAGGAUGAGAUAGAUGUUUGUGACUAUAGAGAAGUAGAUAUAAUAUUAGUUUGGAUAUCUUUAGGAUCUAGCCUCAAGAAUAGGAAGUAAAAGUAUAAAAAUGUGUGAUGGAG